AUGGGGACCGCGCAGAUGCCGUUGAGCCAGCCAGAGCUUUUGGACAAUAUUCGUGCAUCGCCAUUCACCCAAAUUUCCGCCGAUAGUAAGAUCUACAAGGACGAAUGCACGUACUGCUUCAAAUCGCCGUUUUUUGAAGGUGAAGGGGUUUUUAUUUAUUAAAUUUUGACUGUUUUAUUGUUUCAAGGAGGCAUUUUGGUGUGUUUGAAGACGUAUUUCUCUUUCUGCGAGGAGCACGCUCAGAAGUAUGCUCAGAAGACGUCGAGCAACUUGUUCCUGCGUUAUAAAAGCAAAAGAGUUUGGAGAAGUCCUGAAAAAACGGAAAAAUUGGGGGUUUCAGACGGUUGAAAAGGAAAAAACGCCUUCGGAUCCCAAUACCGGAGAGCCGAUCACCAAGAUGACGAAAUUAUCGAUUGAUCCUCCAAAGUAGAAUUUUGAAUCAAAAAUGAAAAAAAAAAGAAAAUUUUUUAGGGUCAACUACACGGACGAGUAUUUCUUGACGGUUUACCCUCAUUUAGAUCAAAAUUAUCCGAUUUCUGAUGAGGUUGGCUCUGAACUUGUGAGGUGAGAAUAUUAACGUUUUUAAAAGAAUAUUAAAGUUAUUAUUUUCAGUGUAACGGAAAAAGUGAUUUCUUCGGUGAGCGCCGAACGGCUCAACAUGAUUUCCACGUCCAGCAACGCCUGGGAUGCUGAUGUUUCAUUGAAUUUCUGAGAAUUUAUGAAAAAUUCGAGGUUUUAGGUCAAGUUGAUCACGAAACACAAGGAUUUGGUCCAACUGGAUAAUGGUAAAAAGGUGGGAGUUUGAUUUUUUUUUGGAGUCAAAACGGUUAUUGUUCUCGGAAAUGGUGAAUAAUGGCUUCUAAAAGGGCGAGGCUCAAAAAAGGCAGCAAAAAGGGUCCCUUUAUUAAACCUUCCAUUUUUCCUGAAAUUUUAAAAACUCAAGAAAUGGUGGAAAAGGAGAGAGGCAGCAAAAAUGGUGCAUAAAAAGCCGAAGAAAUGGCGCAAAAAAAGGCAGCAAAAAAAGGAACUUUUCUAUGGAGACUUUGCCGUGUUAGAAAAUGUCAUGCAUUUUAUUGUUCAUUUAGUUUUUUGAAAGCUUAUUUCAUGAAUUUUCUUGUUCUGAUGAUUUUUCAGGGAAGUUAUUUCAGAUUGCGCAUUAAUAUAGUUAUUUUAGGCGGUAUUUAGUUAUUUUAUAGCUAUUUUAGGCUAUAUUUACAUUAAAAAACUAUCAAACAACACAAAAUAUCUUUAUAUUUCAAGCCUUAAAAAAGUUAAUUAAGUUUUAUCCUCCCAGAAUCUUUUGAAUCACUUUUUUUUUCAUUAUUUUUUUUCAUCUUUUUUUGGUUCAAUUUUUCACAUUCUGUUUUUUUCAAUUUUGAGCCAAAAACUUGUGAAAACCUUUGCUGAACGGAGAAUAACGUUUUUCAAUUUAAAACUUCCAUGUUUGAACCGAAAUUAAAUUUUAAAUAAGUAUAUCCCGAGAAUUUUCCUGUAACGCUGCUUUUUUUCAAGAAAAAUGAUGAUUUUUCUCUCUACGAAGCCGUUUUUUUUAAAUAAAUUUAAUAUCUCAUCAGUUUUUUUCCUUUGCUCUCGUGGUUUGAAUCAGAUUAUCUCAUUGAACUCAGGAUUUUCCUCAAAAGUCUUUUAAGUGAAUUCUCUUCAACCAGAGAGACAUCAGAGAAAAAUUCUAAUUUUUUUUCAUUUUUUUGUGAAAAACAAAACUUGUGGAAUUCCCUGUGUAAUGGGAACUGAAAAAUAUUGUCGGUCGAUCUGAAAUUUUAAUAUUUCAGACAAAAAAAGUUUUUAAAAACAGAUUUUAUUUAAAGAAUUUUGUUUUUUUCGCUGCUAUUUUUUUCAAGAAAAAUGAUUGAUUCUUUGUAAAAAAAGCUUAUUUUUUCAUGAAUUUUGGACUCCAUGCUUACCUAAUUUUUUUUCAUUUUUCAUUCGAUUUCUGUGAAUUUGACGAUUCAGAUCCCGGUUUCCGGCUGGAAAUGCGAGGAGGAAGGCUGUGACAUCAACGAGAACCUGUGGCUGAACUUGACGGACGGAGCAAUCCGUUGCGGGAGAUCGCAAUUCGUCUCGGAAACCGUGAAAAGCAGGGGCAACGGCCACAUGCAACAGUAUUAUAGCAGUUCUGGGUGAAUAUGGGGGAAAGUUACAAAAUUUAUGGAAAAUAAUAGAAAAAAUGUUCUGAAAAAGUCGAUUUUGUUGGAAAAUUCAUUUUCCUUUGAUUUUUCGCUGAUAACUUGCUUUUUAAGGGAUCCCUUAAGGGAAAAAAAGCUCCACUUGAGGGAUCUUUCAAGUUCAUUUGGUUAUAUUUUUGAAGAGAAUCGAGUUUUUAUGAGCACCCUUGUUCAUGUGAAAUUUUAGCUAAACGGCUUUUUUAAAAUAAAGAAUACUUGAGGGUACCUUUUUUGGAAUCUUUUUCACAGUUUGAAUGCAUUUUCGAAACUUAUAGAUUCUAAAAUAUAAUUAAUGAACAAUUAGGUUUUUUUCAGAAACCCCCUGGUCGUCAAACUCGGCACCAUUUCUCAUAACUUGGACGCUGCCGAUGUUUACAGGUAUUUUGAGGGGAAAAUGUGCUCCAUUGAUAAAAUGUUCCAUUUUUUGAGGCGAGAGAGUGGUCCCUAUAGGGGCAACCUUAGGGCCCUUGGAGGAAACCCUCUAGGGACCACUUUACCAACCUCUAUAGGGGUCACUAAAGCUUGCAAAAGUGGUCCCUAUAGGAAAUUGAGAGACCCCUAAAGGGUCCACUUGAGCUUUAGAGGCUAAGGGGUCAGACCCUAACCCCUAUAGGGACCACUUUAACUUUACCCCUAUGGGACCACUUCUUCAGCCCCUAAAGGGGUUGUUUUCCUAACUAACCCCUAGAGGGGCCACUCUGGGAUUCCCAAGUUACGGAAGCCGUGUAGGCUUCUAAAAAAUCAGAAAAAAAAAAGUUGAGAACAAUAUUUUUUUUUUCCAGUUACGACGAGGACGACUCGGUGAUUGACCCGAACUUGGAACGUCAUCUGGCCCAUUUCGGGAUCGACCAUCGGAAAAUGGAGCGAACCGAGAAAAGUAUCAUGGAGAUGGAGAUGGAUCUCAAUGAGAAGUUGGUCGAAAAUGAUAUUUUUUUUUAGGGUUUUGAGACUUUUUUUUCGCUUUAAAACUGCUUGAAAAGUUGCAAAAAUGGGAGCUUUAUGACAAAAAUCUUGCAAUAAAUUUUCUCAAAAAUUCUAUUUUGUUUGAAAUUUGGAAAUUUUGAAUUGGAAGAAUAAGGUUUCUCAGAAUUUUCGGCUCUAAAAUGAUAAAUUUCAUGCACAUUUUUUCUCCGUAAAGUGUGGUGUGUCGUGUGCAUGCACUGCGUCGUUUUCGCGCAGAAAAAUUGCGAGAGAUUCGUCUCAAAAACCUCUGGCAAAACGGCCGCCUGCGCCUUUAAUAUGUCCUUUUAUUUACGCUCUUAGAAUUCCUGCCGUUUCCAUGACGUCACGUGGAAGGUUUUGACUCCGCCCACCGGGUUUUUGGUUUCAAAUUUUCUUCCCCUAACAAAAACGCGCCGUGUAUGGAAAAUAUAAAAAUUCACGUUUUAAGAUGGGAAUGGGCAAAGUGCCAAGAAGACGGUGCCGAACUUGAAUCGAUUUUUGGCCCCGGUUACACGGGUAUCAUCAACCUGGGCAGCAGUUGUUACAUGAACUCGGUUUUUUCCCGGGAAAAAUCAAUAAUAAAUGAAUUUUUAGGUCCUCCAAGCCUUGAUCCAAGUGGAGGACUUCAAAAAACGCUACGAUCAGGGAUCUGAAUCGAUCUUCGAGGCGAUCCCCUUGGAACAGGUUUGAAAAAUUGAACUUUUUUUAGAAUAAUUGUGGUUUCUAAUUUCAUUUUGAAGUAUGAAAAUAACCCGAAAAACUGGGAUUUUUGAAUAUUUUCCAUGAAAUUAACAAGUUUAUCAAUAGAGCAGACUUUCUUACUCAUUUAAUUGAGCUUUUAAAAAUACUUUUGGCUUUUAAUUAUGUCUUGAAGUACGAAAAUAACCAAAACCUGCGGACUUUUUGAAAUAUUCCAUGAUUUUUUCAAGUUUAUCAAUAGAGCAGACUUUCCUAGCAAUUUAAUUGAGCUUUUUUUAAAAAAAUAAUUCUGGCUUGUAGUUUUAUUUUGAAGUACGAAAAUGGCUCAAAAAUUGCGGAUUUUUGGAAAUUUUUGAAGUUUAUCAAUAGACCAGACUUUCUUACUCAUUUAAUUGAACUUUAAAUAAUAAUUUUGGCUCAUAAUUUCAAUUUGAAGUAGAAAAAUAGCUGAAAAAUAGCGGAUUUUUUGAAAUUUUCCAUGAGAUUAUCAAGUUUAUCAAUAGAGCAGACUUUCCUACUCAUUUAAAAACCUAUUUUUUCACAGAUUUAUUUUUUCCAGGUCCACACAGAUCUGAACGCCCAACUGGCCAAGGUGAUAACGUCAAUGUUGAGCGGGGAAUUCGCGCGCGAAGGAUCGGAUUUGAAUGCGAUCAAGCCCCGGCAAUUCAAACUGGUCAUGGCGGAGAAACAUCGGGAAUUCGCGACGGCUAGACAACAAGACGUCGAGGAGUACAUCAGGUUGGUUGGCUGAGUGGUAUAGACGUUAGAUUGAUAUGAAGUGGGUCGCGGGUUCGGAUCUCGUCGAGGGAAAAUUCGGGAAUAUUUGCAUUUUUUUUUUGCCAUAAUCAGGUGAUACGAUUAGAGCUGUUCAGCAUUGUCUUUUCAAAAAAAUUUGUACUAUUUCUAGCUCGUUUUGCCCUUUUUUUGGAUUUUUUUGAGUUUAGGGCUCGUUUCUGAGAAAAGCCAUUCCAAAUGCGACCAAUUUUAAGGAUUCAGAGAUCUUUUUUGUACUGCCAAGGCCUCUAGGAUCAUUUUUUGAACUAAAUACAAAAAUGGACCAUUUUUGAAAAUUGAGCCAUUCCAAAUACGACCAAUUUUAAGGAUUUUGAGACCUUUUCUAUGCUUCCGAGGUCUCUAGGAACCUUUUUUUGAAAAUCAUACAAAAACGGUCAAAAAGCCAUUCCUAGCUUUUCGAGACGGAAUUUUCCUCACAAGGAGGUCAUUUCACGUGUAGAAUUUUUGAGUGUAUGACAAAAAAAGCCGUGAAAGAAUAACCUGAAAGAAAAAAGGACACUUUGUCCAUGGAGCGCAUUUUCCCAACCAUUUUUGCCCAAGUUGACGAAUUUUAAGCGGCUCGUCGAUCUAGGCAAAUUCUUUCACGGCUAUUUUAUCAUUGGCUCAGUUUUCGCAGCUUUUUUUCUCGAAAUUGUGCAAUUUUCAAGCAAAAAUCUCCUUUUUCAAGAUUCCUGUUCGAGAGGAUCAAGACCAACACUCCAGAAGACGUUCUGGACCCCUCCUAUGCUUUUAGGUGACUUUAGAACCUAAUUUUAUUGAAAAAAAAGUUUUUAAAUCAGAUUCAAACUCGAAAAUCGGUUCCAAGACGUUUCCUCCGGCAAAGUUCGCUACAGCGAGAACGAUGAAGUCCUGUUGCACCUCCCUAUUGCUCAGGUUUGCUCAGUUUAACGAAAAAGUAAUCAUUUUUGAGAUUCUAGGAGCUGAUGGAACCGAUCGAAGGUGUGGAAAAUCGUUUCCGUGUUCAAAUGUCCAGAGCCGUGGAGUAUUACCUGGGAACUCAGACAAUCGAGGUGUGAAUAAGUAGCCGUGAAAAUAGAGGAUCUUGUGCUCCAAUGAUAAUAUUGGGAAAAAGCUUGGUUUAGGAUUUGUCUCUAGUAUUCCUUAUAACAAAAUCCAUCUUUGAAGGAAAGUAUAAAUUACUGGGAAAAUAGCCGUGAAAUCAGAAGAAUUAGUGCUCCAAUGAUAAUAAUUGGAAAAUGCUUGGUAUAGAAUUUUUCCCUACAGUAUUCCGUAUAACAAAAGCCAUCUUUGAAGAAAAUAAACUUCUAGAAAAAUAGCCGUGAAAAUCGAGGAUUAUGUGCUCCAAUGAUAAUAACUGGAAAAAGCUUACUUUUAGAGUUUUUAGGAUUUUUCUCUAGUUUUUCAAGAAAAUGAUAAGUUUCUAGGGCUAUAAAUCGCCGGUAACUGGUGAAAUCGGCGGCGCCACGACCACGUUGAGAUUCAAAACCUACCCCGAUUAUUUGCUGGUCCAAUCUCAGGUUUUUCAAGAAAAAAAAAUGAUUAAAAAGCAAUGUUUUGCCUCAGAAAUUCGCCUACACCAACAUGGGCGAGAUGAAGAAGCUGGAUAUUGAUAUGGAGGUGAGUUUGGGGUGGAAAAAAAACUGUGAAGGGCUAACAAGGCUAAAAAGAGCUGAAAAUCAGCCUAAGAGCCAUUUUUAUUUCACAAGUUUGCUCCAAGGCUAAUUUUGGUUAAGAAGAGUUGAAGUAAAAAAAAAAAAUGAAAACUAGAUCUAAUUUUCACAUUAAAAUUUGCGAUAUCGCUAGAUCGCAAGAAAAAGGCUUAUAAACAUAAGUCACAUCGCUAGGAAUAUCGAAACGAAACAUCAUAAAAAUGAGCGAUAUCGCUGGGAAUCUUGAAAAAUGAAAUCAUGAAAAUUAGCGAUAUCGCUUGGAUCUCGAAUAAAGGCUUCAUAAAGAUCAGCGAUAUCGUUAGGAAUCUCGAGACGAGACGUAAAAAAAAAACAGCGAUAUCGCUAGAACUCUAGAAGAGAAGCUUCAUAAGGAUCUGUGAAAUCGCUAGAAACUUCGAAAAAAGGGCCUUCUAAGCGAUAUCGCUAGAUGUCUGGAAAAAAGGUUUCAUAAGAAUCAUCGAUAUCGCUACGAAUCUAGAAAAAAAAACAUCCUAAAAAUCAGCGAUAUCGCUUAAUCGCGAAAAAAAGGCUUCAUAGAAAUCAGCGAUAUCGCUAGCGAAAAAAGGCGUCAUUGUCUAUAACUUUCUUGUUUCCAGGUAGCCGAAACCCUGGACAUCAGCAGCUACCGCGGUUCGGGAAUCCAAGCCAACGAAGACCCCCUGCCGGAAGACAUCGAAACGCCGAAGACGUCGGCUCCGGUCGUGCCGUCGGCACCUCCUGCAGCUCAACCGGCCUACGAUCAGUCGGUCGUCGAGCAGCUCGUCAUGAUGGGUUUCACCGAAAACGCUUCGGUCAAGGCGGCCAUCGCCGUCGGCACUGGAGGCGUUGAGGUGGGUGGGGGAAAAAUCAGCAAAAAAUUGCUCAAAAUUAGAAAAAUUAAACUCAAUUUGAUGGAAAAUCGCUUCAAAACCAAGAUGAAUAGCCUUGAAAACGUAGGAAAAUAUUCUAUGAUAAUUGGGUUUAAAUGGUGGACUUAGAAACUCCAGAGUGGUCCCUGUAGGGGUUCUAGUUAGUGGCCCUUAUAGGGGCGCGAAUGCAAAGUAUCAACAGAGCAUAUUGAUCCACUUUGUUGUUUAAUUUCUAAUUUUGAACAAAAAGUUGAAAGAAAUCUAUAGGGGCCACUUAAGGUUCAGCGGCUUAAGGGGUCAGACCUCAAACCCCUAUAGGGACUAUCAAGUUUUGAUCCUUCUUAGAAACUCGAGAGUGGUCCCUACAGGGGCAAAUUUGAGAGCCUUGAAAGGACCCUCUAGGGACCACUUUACAAACCCCAAUAGGGUUUCACUCAAGAUUGCAGAAGUGACUUUUUAACUUUUUUGAAUGAAAUUGAACCACCCCUAUAGGGACCAUCUUGAUUUUACCCCUAUAGGGAUCACUCUUUCGGUUCCUACAGGGGCUGUUUUCCCUCUCACUUCUAUGGGAACCACUCUAAAGCUCCUAAGUAGAGAGGGCGGGGUUUCUACCCUUUGGAGACUGUUUUUACCCUAAAGGGACUACUCUAACGCUCCUAAGAAAGGCUUUUGAAUAGAUAUAUUUUAGCUCAAAAAUUUCAGUUUUUUGGGUUUGGUGGUUAUUCCAAUAUGCCAAGGGGGUUAGUCCAAGAUGGAAUUUAUUCCUCAAAAAUCAGCUUUUCAAGAGAUUUUAUGGUAAUUUCAAGCUGUAGACCCGUCUUCUAGGUCUAUUUUCCCUCCAUUCCAGGCGGCCGUCGACUGGGUGAUGGGCCGACUCGACGACGCGACCCUCAACGACCCGCCGGUCCAAGAAGCCCCUACCACCGCUCAAACUUCCUCAGAAGUUGAUCCAAACCAACUAGCGAUGGUCAUGGCCUUGGGUUCGGCGACGAGUUGUUCAGCACCAACUUUCUGAUCGAUUUUCCAGGUUUCACGGCCUAUCAGGCCAAGGUGGCCUUGCAGCGGAAUCCGCAAGUCGAAGUCGCUUGCGAUUGGCUCUUUUCCAACGUCGAUUCGGUUGGUUUUCAGGCCUUUUACGGGUUCUUUUUGAAGCUUUUUUCGAAGGUUCUGUAGAAUAUUUUCUGAUGAAAUUAUGAAUUGAUCUUGAAAUUAGGUGGCCUGACUACCACCCCUAUAGGGACUUCUCAAACUUCAGGAGCCUGUAGGUACCACUUUGAUUUUACCCUAUUGGGACCACUCGUUAGUGGAGACCUGAAAAAUGUCCCUAGUAAAAAGCAUCUUUCUAGAAGGUGUUAUCAUAACUAAGAAAGCUAUCCAAGUAUCAUUCCUGUUCAGAUUCCCGCGGAAGAGCCGGCUGCCGAACCUGCUCCAGCUCCAGCUCCAGCUCCACCUCCAACCCCAGCCGCUCCUCAGAAGGAGCGCGAACUGCGCGACGGAAACGGCGUCUAUGAACUCAUCGGCUUCAUCUCUCACAUGGGCUCCCGACCAGAUUCCGGUCACUACGUCGCUCACAUGCUCAAGGACGGCAAAUGGGUCAGUUUUAGCGUUGGAGCGAAGUUAAACAGGAAGAAAUAGCCGUUUUGAGCAUACAUCGGCCGAAAAAAAUUAAAGGGGUUGGCCGCACUUUUUGAGGGGGCACCCCGUGGUGGGAUCCAGCCUACGUAUGGUUUUGAGUGAUAUGAAAGCAGUAUGUUUAAAAAAAUUAGCUUUAAUUUAAUUCGGUUGAGCGAAAGAACGGCUGAGCCAAUUUAUCGAUGGAGAGCGUUUAAAAUAGAGAGUAUAGGACAAAAGCGCCGAUUCCAAGAGCGCCGUUCAAAUUUAGCGCCAGUCCGCAAUGCGCCGUCGCGUGUAUGCGCCGUGUAUGCAGACGCCGCUUUCUUUUGCGCCGAGUCCGUUUGCGCCGAAUCGUUUUGCGCCGUUAUUUCAAACUUCUAUUUUUUCGCUCUUUUUAUAUUAAUUUUUAAUAAUUGUUUACUACACAUUCAUAUACGACUCGAAUGAUUUUCGCGCCAUCCGUUAAUGAUGAGUUUUAGGUCCACUUUGGUCCAGGUAAAAUAUUUUUUCCCCUUUUUUCUUUUCAAAGUAAAAAUAAAAAAGCAAAUAUGCUUUUCUGAUUUCGAAAAAAAUACAGAAAAACUAAAGGAAAAGAGAAUGGAUAAAAAAAAAUUAUUGCUUCAAACGACAUAUUGAGUGAUUUUUUUUGUGGUUGCUAAUUUUCUGCGUUAGGUAAGGCAAAGUUUCAAUUCUAGCAGACGUGAAACAGCAGAAAAUCGUUUUUCGUAACGUUGAACUCAUUUUCUUGGAACAAAAGUUCGAGUUUUUUCGAAAAUGCAGCAGAAAAGUCCAUAUUAACAGAUGGCGCGAAAAUUAUUCGAGUUGUAUAUGAGUGUGUACUACACAAUCAAUAAACAAUGAUAGAAAAAGAGCGAAAAAAUAAAAGUUUGAAAUAACGGCGCAAAACGAUUUGGCGCAAACGGACUCGGCGCAAAAGAAAGCGGCGUCUGCAUACACGGCGCAUACACGCGACGGCGCAUUGCGGACUGGCGCUCAAUUUGAACGGCGCUCUUGGAAUCGGCGCUUUUGUCCUACACUCGAAAUAGAAGAAGAUGCUUUUUUCAAGUCAACUAGUGGUGGAGUGUCGUUUGAACCGAGAAACUUUGAUUUUAAAGAAAAAAAAAAUGCCCGGACCUUCAUAACGCGCCCAGACGUGUCUCAGCGAGUCAAGGGAUCACUUAAGGGUACUGACGCCGCUAAAGUGGCCACUAGAAUUGCCCGGACACGUACGAUUUGCGUACUCGGACAAUGGUAACGCGAACCGGACGUGUCUGGGCGAUUCUAGGGAUCACUUAAGGGUACUGACGCCGCUAAAGUGGCCACUAGAAUUGCCCGGACACGUACGAUUUGCGUACUCGGACAAUGGUAACGCGAACCGGACGUGUCUGGGCGAUUCUAGGGAUCACUUAAGGGUACUGACGCCACUAAAGUGGUCAUUAGAAUCGAUCAGAAACGUCCGACGCGCGUCCGGUCGGAAAGAGUUUCAAAAAGAAUGAUUUUAGCGGUGGGGCGCGUUUGAGCUCAAACAAUUAACGUCCUGAAUAAUUUUAGCCGCUCUUCAAAAUCAUACCUCUCUUUCAAGAUGAAGGACUCCAAAAUACCUAGAUAGAAACUCAAAAAAACCUUAUCAAGCAAAAUUCGUUCCAGAUCUUGUUCAACGACGAAAAAGUGGCAAUUUCGCAGAACCCACCCAAGCAACUCGCCUACGUGUACCUCUACAAGCGAAAAACUAAUUAA